AUGUUCCCCGAUAAAUAUCGCCGUGUGCCGGCGCUGCUGAAGCCCCAACAGGGCGGGCAGCAGUGCUUCAAUGAGUUUCUUAUUCGCUCCACAAAUGACCGGCUAAUGCGCCGCGACGUUGAGGAUGAUGCCGAUGGAAUGGAGUCUAAAAUUGCUGCGCAGCUCCCACAGAGGGAUUGGGAGCGCAUGUCGGCUCGCAGCUCGUCGGAUGCGGUGCAGGAGGAGAUGCGAAGGUUGGUGGAGGGGGAUGUGGCACAACAGCAGCGUGUGUUUAACGAAAGGGUGUGGUACGAGGAGGAGGAGGAGAGGCGCCGUCUUCAAACCGGCGUUGGGGGUGCGGCGGUAGCUGAAGAAACUGGAGGCGCAAAAGAGCAUGGCGUCCCCCCGCGGGUGCUUGGGAACGAUUACUUUCAGAGCCAGUUUGGCUACUCCCUCGUCAAGGAGAGCGAGAUGCCUCACGGGGUGACGGACUACAACCAACUGGAUAUGUGGGGCGAGAUGCCCAAGUACACAAAUGACAUGGUGUUCCUUUAUUUGAUUUCGCGUCGGCGCAACACGUACGCGGUGGCAUACACGUACGGCGGAAAGCGUAUCCUUCCCACCUAUACGGCCGGCAACAGAGGCCUAAAAGGCGGUGAUCGCGGCUUCCGAAGCGAUGGCUCUACAGACAACGGCCAUCAGGUGACAAGCAUGUAUCUGAACGACUUACUGCCAAAGCUACGUGAGCUUCGAGCAAGCGAGGGAAGACCGAUUGGGCGGGGUGAGAAGAUUGAGCUUGUUGUACGAGUCAUGGGCUUCUACAACGGCCGACAGGGGGCGGUGCGGGCAGUGCAGGAUCGUGCCAAUGACUUUCAAGUUCGCUAUUUUGAGGAUAUAACCCCGUUUCCAUUGAACGGACCAAAGAUGCCGCGCGGUGUAUUCAAAUAG